CAGACACAAUACGAAGGCGAGCACACAUUCACAAAGCCCCAUGCAAAGAAAUUUGAGCAAUUAAGUGGUACGACAGCCAACCUAACCCAAACCGCCAGCAACACGCUGAACCCACAAGGUGUGACGUCGGCCGAGAAGACCUGGUACGGGCAGUCGAUUCAGGAGGGUGGGAUGGGGAAAGACGACUUUUUCCACGGGACAGGUAAGUGCAGAAGGUAA